UCCGGGCUCUUGCUGCGUCUGGAAGGACUAUGGCGGCCCAGGAAGCCACUCCAAGCAGCCAGUCAGAGGAGAGCUAUGCUUUGGACCUUCCAUCAGCGUGUGACAUAAGAGAUUAUGCUCUACAGAGACCCAGCCAAAAGGCCAACAGUGAGGCUUUUAGUUCUGUGGAAUCCCUUUCUUUUCCUUGCUCUUCUGAUGUGGAUCCAGCAGAUCUCCAAGAAUGAUUCAUUGUCUUAGGUAGAAAAACAUCUUACCUAAGCAAAGCUGUGGGGAGAGACUUCAAAGGACAGCCUCCCCUUCUAUGACAAAGAGCUGUUUCCUGGAGGUCUUUUCUUUGUUUUUUUUUUUUUUUUUUUCUUGGGUCCCUUUCUGAUCUCCAUCAAAAUGCAUUCAGAAGCAGGGGAACACUUGGUUCAACAAAAAGAGAGUGGAAUUGUUUUUUUGUUUUGUUCUUUUAAAACUUCAGAAAAUAGCAAUAUGAGCUUGUUAUGUGUUAUGGGUAAUAAAAAUAGAGACUUU